CUAUGCCAGCUCUAGGGGUAGCGCCCCUGGGUCCCACCCCCGGAGCCUUCCCAGGGCUCCAUUCCCACAGCCGGAGGGGCCAGGAUGGUGGACAUGAUCACCAACAGGCAGAGCCGGGCCCUGUGGGCACAGGUGGACGCGGCCCCGGAGCCCGUGUACGCGAACGUUGAGAGGCAGCCUCGGGCCUCGUCGCCGGAGGCCACCGCCGCCCCCGGCCCCAGCCCGGCGUGGGAGACGCACACGGACGCGGGCACCGGACGCCCCUACUACUACAACCCAGACACGGGCGAGACCACCUGGGAGUCGCCCUUCCAGGCUGCCGAGGGCGCCGCCAGCCCGGCCGCCUCCCCGGCCUCCGUGAGCAGCCGCGAAAGCCUCGAGGCCGAGUGGGGCCAGUACUGGGAUGAGGAGAGCCGCAGGGUGUUCUUCUACAACCCGCUGACGGGCGAGACGGCCUGGGAGGACGAGGUCGACGACGAGCCGGACGACGAGCCCGAGGACGAGCCGAAGAUGCUGCCGGGCCUGAGCCCUGGCAGUCCCAGGAACCCGCGGCCCCCCACCCCCGAGACGGACUACCCCGAGUCGCUGACCAGUUACCCAGAGGAGGACUAUUCCCCUGUGGGCUCCUUCGGCGAGGCCGGCCCCACCUCUCCCUUGACCACACCCCCCGGCUGGUCUUGUCACGUGGGCCAGGACAAGCGGACGUUCUACACUAACCACUGCACCCAGGAGCAGUGGGUGAUGCUGGAGGACCCACAUGGGAAGCCUUACUUCUACAACCCAGAGGACUUCUCCGUUCGGUGGGAGCUGCCCCAGGUUCCUGUCCCUGCCCCUCGAAGCAUCCGCAAGUCCAGCCAGGACAGUGACACUCAUGCCCAGGCCAGCCCCCCAGAGGAGAAGACCAAGACCUUGGACAAGGCAGGCGUGCUCCACCGUACCAAGACGGUGGAUAAGGGGAAGCAGCUGCGGAAGAAACGCUGGAGCGCCUCCUGGACAGUGCUGGAGGGGGGUGUCUUGACAUUCUUCAAGGACUCAAAAACCUCGACUGCAGGCGGCCUGAGGCAGCCUUCCAAGUUUUCCACGCCUGAGUACACAGUGGAGCUGAGGGGGGCCUCUCUCUCCUGGGCCCCCAAAGACAAGUCCAGCAAGAAGAAUGUGCUGGAGCUGCGGAGCCGUGAUGGCUCGGAAUACCUGAUCCAGCACGACUCUGAAGCCAUCAUCAGCAACUGGCACACAGCCAUCACCCAGGGCAUCCAGGAGCUGUCCGCAGAGCCGGCCCUGGAGGAGGAGAGCCAGCGCGGCGGCGCAGACUUGGGCUCGAGCGAGCGCCUGGGAGACUGGCGGGAGAGAGAGGAGGACGCACGGCCGGGCGCAGGUGCGCGCGGGGGUUGGCGGCAGAGCCUGGCCCGGAGCUGCAUUGGCGUGUUUGAGGGUGACCACACCAGCGUGUGCGUGGUCAGCCCUCAGGUGGCCUGCCUCCGCCUCACAGAACUGAUGGAAACACCCAGCACCCCCCAUAAAGACCAGGUGCCUUUGCCAUGCCCCCCGGCCCUGUGCCCUGGCCCAGCCGUGACCAAGUCCACCAGUGCCCCCUCAGCUCCACGCCACCUGUCCGUCACUCAGGCCGGCCCUCCCCCUUCCCACAUCCUCAGUGUCCUCAUCCCACCCAGCCUCAUCGAAAGACACUAA